AUGUCUAGAUUUGCAUAUGUCACCUUAUUGUUGAACGCAGACUAUCUACCCGGUGCGCUUGCCCUAGCAGAGUCCAUUGCCCAAACAGGCUCCAAGAUUCCCUUCAUACUACUAUUAUCAAAACUCAAUGUAUCAGUCCAAGUAUACGAUGCUCUACAGCAAAGUGGGUAUUUUGAGCGUAUAAUCAAUGUGGAUGAGUAUUUGCUAGAAACCAGAAACGCCUUCGAGUUGGGCAAUCUUUUGAAAAGGUCGGAUUUGUCCUUCACCUUGACGAAGCUCAACGUUUGGAGGCUAACUGAUUAUGAUAGAGUGUUGUACUUAGACUCGGAUAUGCUAGUGACAGAAGACAUCGAGCACUUGUUCUCCACUUGGGAUAAGUUGGGUGUCAACGAUAUUAUUGCAUCUUCUGACUCGGGGUGGCCCGAUAUCUUCAACUCUGGUUUGUUUGUGAUCAGACCAAAUACAGAGGUAUUCAACAAAUUGUUGGAUUUCUAUCGCCAUAAUGACUCGUUUGAUGGUGCCGACCAGGGUAUCCUCAACGAGUACUUCAACCUGCAAGGUCAUGUGACUAUGGGAAAUUGGUUACGUCUACCGUUCACUUAUAAUUGUACUUUGAACUCCAAUUACGAAUAUUUGCCGGCGAUGAUAAGAUUCAAAGAUUCAAUAAAGGUUUUCCAUUUCAUAGGAUUGAACAAGCCUUGGAGAAAUCACAAUUUAUGUUACGAUACCAGAUACGCCAAGAUUUUCAAUGGCAAGAAUGACAAUUUGUUCCAAUUGUGGUGGAAUAUUUUUAACAAUGUCAGUGUUUGCAGUUACACUCCUCUUGAUAUAUUGCAGCUCUCGGGGAAUUUACAGCCACGUAGAUAUGAGCAAAUUCCAUUGCCACCAGUUGAGGCAGCGAGUGAGGGUGAAGAUAAGAUCAUCCACAAACACGACGAAAUUGUCAAUCCGUUCCUCUCUCCAGUUAAAAAAUUAACAGAUGAGCCUAAAGAGCAGCCUAAAGAGAUGAAGUUCCCCACAUUCUAUUAUAAAAAGCCUGUUGCAGAUAAAAUAGUCGAUGAAAGUGUGAAAGGUGAGGCGUGGAGGAUGGAAGAGGGGAAGAUUGACUGGCCUCAAGUUUCUUCAACCAAUGACAACAUUAUUGUUGAUGUGUUGAAUCCCGUGGAUGAGUAUAUAAGAAAAAAUCCGAUUUUCCCAUGGGAAACACGUGGAGGUUCUGGCACAAUCUCGAGGACUUUCGACAAUGCGUUAAAGUACGAGCCGCCGGCAUAUUCCAUCUCCAUAAUGAACGAUUCCGAAGACGAUUCUUACAAUGAUGACGACGACAACGGCGACAACAACAACCAUGAUGAUACUGACAGACGAGGCAGCGAAGAGGACAGGCAGAGCAACCAUCUGGUUGGUUUUCAGGAUGGUGCUCGCUUUCAGAGAUACCUGCAAAGAGUUGAGUCUCUUGGUUCUAGUCCCCGCAAAGUCAAUGCUGCAGAAGAAAUUGCAGACUUGACAAAUGAAAUACAGAAAGGGAUGGAAUUGGAAGACAAUUUUGAUAAGGUUUUAGGUGAGGCUGAAGGAGAGCUAUUGGUAGACGACAGGAAGGAUGACCUUUCUGAUGUUAAUGCAUUGAAUCUGUCAACGGAGGACGCCAAGAUUGAGGGACAACUUGAAAACUCCGAUAAGGAAAUGGUGGGACGCUAA